AUGUCCGACGUCACGCUCUUGGUCUACGACCUCUCUGGUGGUCUCGCCAGAGAGAUGUCGGCGGGCUUGCUAGGGUUCCAACUUGAUGCUGUCUAUCACACCUCAAUCAAGCUGAAUGGCCGAGAGUAUGUUUAUGACGGAAACAUCGUCGCCAUUACUCCGGGGACUUCUCACCUCGGUCGGCCUCUGCAGGAGAUCCCUCUCGGGAAGACAGAACUACCGAUGGAAGUCAUUGAAGAGUACCUGGACUCGCUGCGAGAAAUUUACACUGUCGAGGCUUACAACCUCUGGAAACACAACUGCAACAACUUCUCAAAUGACCUCGCCACUUUUCUCCUAGGCAAAGGAAUCCCAGAUCACAUCCUGCACAUGCCAGACGCUGUGCUUCAGUCUCCCCUCGGAAGAAUGCUCCUCCCGGCCCUGGACCAACGAAUCGCUGCCAACAAGCAGAACGGUGGCAUUCUCGGAAUCCAAGGAAGUACGCAAACCGCUUCCGUCAAGCCAAAGGCGCAAUAUCACCAUCACGACGCCGCUGUUCGUAUUGUGACGAGCGCUCAGGAGUUGGAUUCGAUUUUGUCAAGUGCUCAGAAAUCGUGCGCCGUGAUAUUCUUCACGUCUGCUACAUGUCCGCCCUGCAAGACCCUCUACCCUCUAUACGACCAGUUAGCCGUUGAGGUGGGCAACAAGGGGGUUUUGAUCAAGGUCGACACAUCACAAGCUUUUGAUGUCACCGCUCGAUACGGAAUUCGCGCAACUCCCACUUUUAUCACCUACUUGCACGGAAGAGAGGAAAACAGGUGGCAGGGAGCUGACCCUGCGGCGCUUCGGGGAAAUGUUCAAUUGCUGGUACAGAUGGCAUGGCCAACACACCCCCACGCAUCGUUGAAUCUGCCUAAUUUCGCCAAUCCUCACGCAAAGCCAGUGUUGUUCGCCAAAGUACCGCCACUGCCCAAGUUAUUGGCCAAGAUGGGGAGUGCGGCAGAUUCCGUGAAGGACGUCGCCCACUUCAUUGAGGCUCGCUCCAAGGAAGGUCCGGCGGAAGCUCCCCUGCCAGACAUGGCUGCAUUUACCACGUUUUUACAAGAUGCAACCCACAGACUACCACCAGAGGUCAUGUUUCCGAUCGUCGACCUGCUUAGGUGUGGUCUUGUUGAUCCCAGAUUCAGCGGAUACUUAGCAGAGGAGAACGAGCAUCACACCCUCAUCUCGCUCCUUGACUAUGUCAACAGCCUCUCAGAAUGUCCAUACCCGCUUCGGCUGGUGACACUUCAGAUGGCAUGUAACCUAUUCUCCAGUCAGUUAUAUCCGGACCAGAUACUCGGCUAUGGCAGGUUAAGGGCACCGAUCAUCCAGCUCAUCUCAGCGAGCUUCCUAGAUGAUGGCCACAGCAACGUGCGGGUGGCUGCUGCGUCUCUACUGUUCAACUUGUCUCUAGCGAACAACACCAAGAGACGGGACAGCCCAGGUGAUGACGCACUGCCAGAAGGCGAUCAAGUCGAGUUGGCAGCUUCAGUCCUUGAGGCUAUUUCUCAAGAGAACGAAUCACCUGAAGCAUUGAAAGGCAUGCUCUUAGCGCUAGGCUUGCUAGCCUAUUUGAUGCCACUAGAUGGCGAGCUGGCAGAUCUUUUGAGAAUGAUGGAUGCACAGAGCACGAUAUUAGAGAAGAAUAAGCAUUUCAAAGACAUUUCGCUCAUCAAGGAAGUUGGAAGCGAGCUGCUCGGGAAGGGACUUCAGCGGCCUAGAUCGUAG